AUGAAUAGACCAGUGAAAGUCUGGUUGGCAUGCCUACUAGUGGCUGUCUCGACUGUAUUGCUCUAUGUUUGGACCGGCAAAGUUGAGAAUUUGCUCCUCUUGGAAACCGAUAAGAAUUACGAUAUUGCUAACGAUAAGUUGGACAGAUUGGGUCUAACCAAGAAGCGUCCAGUCAUUGUCAAAGACCCUUUGACCGGCGAAUCAAAAAAAAUACAUGGCCGUUUCUUGCAUGUGACAGACUUCCAUCCGGAUCCGUUUUAUAAACCAGGAAGUGAUAUUUCCAUGUUCUGCCAUGGAGGUAAAGGUGAUGCUGGAGAGUACGGAGAUGCCAUUUUGGGAUGUGACUCUCCAAUGGCACUUGUCGAGAAAACAAUCGACUGGAUCGAAGAGAAUUUGAAGGAUGAGAUCGACUUUAUCGUCUGGACGGGUGACAAUAUGCGUCAUGACAACGACAGAAACUAUCCAAGAUUCGAAACUGACAUCUUCGCAAUGAACGAGAAGAUUUCGGAUUUGAUGUUGGAAAAAUUCGGUGACUUGCCUAUUCCCUCUCUUGGAAACAAUGAUGUGUAUCCUCACAAUUUGUUCGCAGUGGGUCCAACCAUGCAAACAAGAGAGUUCUACAAAUUAUGGCGUCACUUUGUUCCACAAUCUCAACUACAUGUGUUCAACCAGGGUGUUUAUUUCUUCCAGGAAGUAAUUCCAAAUCGCUUGGCUGUUCUCUCUAUCAACACACUCUAUUUGUUCCAAUCGAAUCCAUUGGUUGACUCCUGUGACAGAAAGAAAGACCCCGGCUACAAGUUGUUCUUGUGGCUUGGCUACACUUUGAAGGAAAUGAGAAAGAGAAACAUGAAGGUAUGGCUCACUGGUCAUGUUCCACCAAAUGCAAAGAACUACGAUAUUUCUUGUCUCAGAAAGUACAUUCUUUGGUCACAUGAGUACAGAGACGUUGUUAUUGGUGGACUUUACGGCCACAUGAACAUCGAUCAUUUCAUUCCUUUGGACUCUGUCCUGGCUUAUAAAUCCAUGGAGUCUAAAUUCAGACGUCUUGGACAAUUAGACCCAUUACAGAUGGAACAGUCGGAGCCAGAAGACCUGGUUUCUCAAACAUUGGAAGACAUGUAUAAUGCAUUCAAUUCCUCAAUCUACAAUGAUGACGCCGAAGAUUCUCUCGGUUUCGAGCUCAGCUUCAGAAAGAAUGUUCGUAUUGAGGGUGGUAUUCCAACGAACAAGGUCGAUUUCAUGAACACAGUCAGAAAGUCUAUGUAUUCCUCGAUCAAAGGUAAGAAGAAAUCUGGCGAUUUCGGUGAGCGUUACUCAAUUGCUCAUGUUUCCCCCAGUGUUGUCCCUACCUUCAACCCAUCUCUAAGAGUAUGGGAGUACAACAUCACUGAUUUACACGAGACAAAGUCGCUCACCACUACUAAUUGGGACCACUUUUUCACCAAGCUACAGUAUAUUUUAGAAGACGACACAAAAGCCGACCCAAUGGAUUAUGAAGAGGACAUUCUAGAGCUCUCUGAUAAUGACGUUCAUGCUAGCGCCAAGCGUGACAAGACUGUUCCACCUAAGAUGCCUAAAAGCAAACAACUUGGUCCAGCAUAUAUGCCUCAGUUGUUCACGCCAGAAAGGUAUGUUCAGUACUAUCUUGAUUUGGAGUCGAUCAACAAGAAAGAGAAGAAAUUUGACUACGAGAUCGAGUAUACUACUGAUAAAGACUACGGCAUGAAAGAUCUAACUGUUCGGGAAUGGCUCAAGUUCGGACGCAAAUUGGGCAGGCCUGUGAAAGACCUCAAAAAGAAUAUCUUCGAGACGCAAGGUAAAAAAGCUGCUGCUCUCUGGGCUAAAUUUCUUAAGCAUUCCUUUGUCAGUUCAGACUAUGAGAACUUAGGCUACGGUUAG